AUUGAGGGUUUUAAGCUUUAGAGUUUAUCAGAAUUGUUAAUUUGUUAUCGAAAAUCAUCGAAUCCAAGGGAAACGAGACAAUUAUCUCAUCCAGUUUUCAGAUUGGUUUUGCACAUAGAAGUCGAUAGAAAGAUUGUGAAAUUCAAUAAUCACUUCAUAGAAUCAAAAAGUUGAAACGGUAAUGAAAGUUUUGGGAUGAUGGGUCUAAUGAGAGUCUUAGACUUGAUAUUGAGCUUAAGCACGCAAGCAUCCAAUAGCUUAUCGUUUCUUUCUGGCUUAGUUACUGUUUGGUUUGUGCACAAAUAAACAGGUUAAUAUCGACAUUAUCAAGAUUAGGAAGAUUGACUAUACUCCUAAUCAAAAGUUUUUUCCUGUGUUCCGAAUGCUUUAUUUGAUCAGCAGUGGUUUUGUGAGGGCGUCAUGGGCAUUAAAUUGUAUGUUGUUUUAGCUGUUCCUAACCUUGUUGAUUGUCGGAAUCUGUUAGACCAAGAUGGAGUUGGAUCCAAAGAAGUAUGUUGAGCUAUUGGAAAAAAUUGAAGCUGAAGCUGAUGAGGUUCUACUAGCUAAAUAUCAGAUGGUGGAGAAUGACAGGGAGAGGAAUGCGAACAGAGAGGCUCUUACAGCACUUAGGAAGAAAGCUCGGACAACAAAGACUAGCAUCCCUUCUCCUUUCGAUUCUAUGAUGAAGGAUGUCCGUGAGAGCUCAGUGGAACAACCUGUGGUCAAAGAAGUUUGCUCGACUUGUGGAUCCCAUAACUCUAGUGAACCCACAUGGAUGAUUCUCCCAGGAGCUGAUCUUUUCGCUGCAAUACCGUUUCAUGUUGUGCAUACAAUGCUAGAGAAAGAUGAGAAGAAAAUGGAGUUUGAAGCGACGAAAUUGCAGAGCUUAAUGAAGGAAAAGACUCUUUGUUUAUCGGAACUUAAGGCUCUUGGUGAUAGUAUUCCUCUAGGCAUUAUCAGAUCGUUGGUCGCGUUAGAGGACAAACCUAAAGUUAAGUAGAACAAUGUUGGUUUUAUCAUUAACGGCGAUAUCUAUUUGUGACGUUGAUGAACUUAUUAAAGUUAUUAUUGUAUUCUUAAUUUAAUUAA